AUGGACGCUUACACGAAGAACCUGCGGGUGAAAUUUGUAACUUACUCCCGCUUUGUCAGUGCCGUGUUGGGAGCGCCAUGGAUCGCACCUGGGACCCGGCCCCAGGUGCGAUCCACCAAGGGCCCGUGGAAUGCAAAGCAACAAAACAGCGCAAAUGCACCAAACACAACAAACUGCGCUAUGACCGCAUCCGGGGCUCCAUUUAGCUCAAGGCUCUCCACAUCGUUCACGGUCUGGCUGCGCAGGGCGCCAGCACGAGUGGGAACCGCGCGAAGUCAGACGGCAAGGCACGGGAUGGUCAUCUUUUCGCUGUCCAAUCUGAUCGAAGUAAAUUCGCGCCGCGUCCUGCUGGCCUUGCUCUAG